UAACAAUCUCAUUUUUUUGCCACUUUUAUCCAUUUUCAUCGUUCGAAAUGGAUAAAAUUCACAAAUAUCCGGGAUAUGUUCAAUGUUUCAAUAUUCCUGCUACAAUUCUUGCUGUUAUUCUAUUCUACGAGUACGAAGUAUUUGAUCUAUCCGAUGAAUGGCACAGAUUUAAUCUAUACUUGAUUAUUUUUACAAUUAUGGUUCUUGGUCUACUUAUUGGAUUCGCCAAAUCGUACAAAUUCGGCGACAGAUCGGAUGAAACUGGAGAAUUGGGGAAUUUCAAAUGGCACUACAGAAUUGGAACUUAUGGAAUUUUUCAAAACAAUCUUCUGGCACUGUUAAUUUUCUAUAAUUUCCAAAAUUCUCCAUUGACAACAUACUUCGCAUUCUUCGUAAGCAACGUGACAACUGCCAUGUUUUAUUUUGCGUUCAUUUGGAAAAUGCAACCGAUGUGUCGUGAAAUGAAAUGCUAUGAUGGAUGGCUACAUAAUUCAAUUUUGUACUCUUCAGUUGGAAUUGUUCCCUUUGGAGUGCUCGGAAUGUCGAUGUACAGUGGAAAUUAUGAUCGUAUGCUGAAGAUUUGGUUGCCAGCGAUUUACUACCUACCAGCGAUUGCGCUCAAUAUUCGAACACAUUCGGCAGUCAUGAGAGGAGAAAUUGAGCUUGUUGAGCCGAUCGAGAAUAUCAAACCAAUGGAGUCAAAUACCAAGUCAACCAAUACCACUUCCGUGUACUUUUGGCAAUUUUUACAUUUGAAAAUAAAAAUCUCUAAAACAUUCUACAAAUUCAUACAAUUUUUUAAAUGCUUCUUUUUUUCAUACAAGCAAAACUGAAAAAAAAUACAGUCUCUCUUGAAUUUUAAUACAAGAAAUCUUUCAAAAUAAACCCGUUCAUUUGUUAGACAUUUUGAUAAAUCAUUCAAUUAAAAUAAUAGAAAGAAAAUAAAAACUGUAACAAAAU